CCACAAUUCUCAACAAUCCGUUUCGUCGCGAUGAUCACGCCACAACGAAUGUCCAAGUUGUCGCAGUCUUGUAACGCUCUGGAAACUAGUCUCUUAUUUGGUGACUUUGAAGGAGCCAUUCAGUUGGCGAGAAAUCUUAAAACGUCGACUACCAGUCGUCAAGAGUAUGCUAUUUGUUUGUGUGCAGAAAUACAAGCGCUAUUUGAGUUGGGAAGAGAAAUAGAAGCACGAGAUAUUGCUAUUCGUUGUGUAGUAGAAGAUGGCGUUGCUUUUGAAAACUUUUCAUUAUUGAACACUUGUGUGAGUCUCUUUCUAGUUGUAUCGGAUGACAACGGCUUGGAUUGGGCAGAAACAACUUUCCAACGCUGGUUUCGGUUGGAAAGAAAAAGUUACCUUUCUAAUGGAGAAAGGGGAAGGUUUUCAGUAAAACAAAAGAAGCAUUUGUGGGAAGUUUUAUUGUUUCAUAUUCUUCCACAGCGAGGUUUGGAAGGUAUUCAAAAAGGACUUGAUAAAGUACACAAUGAACUACCGGAGUGGGGGUUUGAUGAAGAGUGGCUUAGUUGUAUGGAACGAGAAUUAAUCAAUAGGAAGGAAGCUUUGAACAAUGAUAGUGGACCCGCUUGUAUGGAGAAAACGGAAGAAUCUUUGGACUAUAUACCACAAGAACACUCCAGGUCGACUGUGGUGAGGAUAGGACAAGAUGAGUCUAUGGAUAGUGUAACAGAGAUGAACGAUUCUGUGUGGUCAAAGACGUGGACGAUAGUUCAACAAGUAGACAGUCCUCUGUUUCGCAUUUCUAUUGUUACAACAUUUUGUUUGCUCUUCUAUUUAUGCAAACAAAAGUUUCGAGUCAAGCGACAUACAAGUGGAACGGUUCAUCAUCGUUCUUGGUCGCAAGGUUGGAUGGAUAUAUUUCGAAUGGCAUUUGGUUUAAGUUAUGGACGUCCUGGUAUAUAACUGAUGUGUAUUGAUAUUUUAUUUUGAAACCAUAGAAAUGUUGCAAGUUGUGUAAAUAUUUUUUGCAAUAGGAAAAUAGUAUUGAUAAAAAGCUUCCAUUUCAU